AGUCGUAAAAUGGAUGUCGAUUCGCCCAAUGCGCUCAAACGUUGCUCCAGUGCACCGCACAUAAAUAACCUACUACCAACCUCAACCGUCGGAGUGCAGCCGAUGGAACAAGUACAAUCGCAACCGGAACCGAGCACCAGCCGUGGCAGCAUACAGCAUCAUCAUCAACAUCAUCACGGCCACCAGGUGCUGUUACCGGGGGGUCAUACCGAGCCACUUCAUACAGGGCCCAGCAUGUUGAACUCCAGCAGCUCACAUCAAGGGUCAGCCUCCUCAGUGUCCAGGGAGCUGCUUCCAACAUCGUUCUCGAACAUCUUUACACCCCGAGUGCGGCGGUUCUCCGCCAGCUUCAGUCCACUGGCUGUGAUUUCGAACGGUAGUGCCAGCCCGAGUCGAAAUGGGUGUGGAACGCCGGGUCCCAGGCUGACGCCCCGAAUAUCCCAACUGCGGCAGGAAGAGUGCGCCGAUGUGAGCAACAGCCGAGAGGUUAAUCACGAACGGGAGAUACACACGGCCAUGCAGAUGUCGCAGAGCUGCGAGGACCUGACGCUGGUUGCAGAAAAUUGGUCCUUUUCUGGAACCGCUAGCAAGAUGCUGUGUGAUGAUUUGCAGAAUCCGCUGCACGUCGCUCUGCCCACCAUUGGUUCCACGUGCUGUUCUAGUCCAUCACCAACGAGUCGCGGUGGAAUCGGAUUGCAAUAUCCGACGACCUCGCCUUCGCCGACGCGAAAGUUCGUCACGCGCCGGUCUAUGUCACCGUGUCCACUGCGACCGAGUCCCCUGAGCUCCUCGGUGAAGCGGAAGUUUGAUCUGGAGGAUAAUUACGGCAAUUGCUAUUCGCCUCCGUCGAAAAAAAUUUUCACCUCCGAAAGAGGGUCAUCUCCUGUUUGCCAAACGCCAUCGCCCUCGCCGAUAUGCCCCAGUCCCGACUCGUCGACUGCUUCCUUCGAGAACGGUAGUAACAACAAUGGCAACGGCAGCAACACGCCGAUCUGUGGACCUUUCCCGCUCGUAGCCUCCAGCAGCGGCAGUGGCCGAAUAACACCAAAGUUUUUCCUGUCUAAGCUUACCGGUCCCCAAAGCCCGGGAGCAACCGUGUGCUCGAUGGCUCCGCUGGGAAUGGGCAUCGUUGGUGGUGGGCUUUCGGGUGUGCAUUUCGGUGGGAGCAGCACACCCAGCAGCACAUGCUCGACACCGACCGGCACUACGAACCCGAUGGGAAUGAUCGGAGGCGGUGAUACGGGACGAGGGUACUCGCUAACUACGGCUGGGAACGCUGCCAUGAUGAUGGAUUGUGGCGUAAGCAGCAGCAGCAGUAGCAGCGAAUGCCGCGAUCCAACCAUCAUGGAAGUCAGCCACUCCGGCAUGUACGAGGAGCGGCCAAUGGAAGGGACCAUGACGCUGGUGGAAAUACACACGCCACCACCACCGAAGGAAGCCAAUACCAGUAGCAUUAAGGAAGCAUGUGAUGAGACGGAAGCAAGCAAUAGUGAUAAUCAACAUCAGGUUGGCAGAUUGAUGCGCCCGUCGCCAGCACUAAACGUGGCACGGGAGCUUCGAGAACAGAUUCUGAAAUCGGCACUGGAUGCUGACACGACUGGCAACUGUAACAGCAACAGUAGCAGCAGCAGCAGCAGUAGUAGCAGCAUUAGUAGCAGCAGCGGCAGCAGCAGCAGCAGCAGCAGUAGCAGUGGUAGCAGUAGUGUUAGCAAUAAUAGCACUAGCAGCAAUAGCUGCUGCACGACUAGCGAUAACAACACGAGUGCCAACGAUGACAAUGGUAGUAUGAGCAGUCUCGCCGCAAGCAGCAAUGCUCUCGAUAGUAGCAGCAGCACCAGCACGGGAAACCCUGUGUCCGUUGCAAACGCUGCGACCCCGAUUUGCCCCCCGCUUACCUCCUUUCCCAUGAUGGCCAUACCGAGCAAUCUGACGGAGAUUGCAGAAUCAUGA